CGGCAAGGGGAACUGCGGUAGCGCCAUCGGCGUUAAGUAGCUCGUUUCUCCCCGCACUUUCUUUUUCCGCUGAUGCAUUCAAGCCGGAGAAGCAAAGUCGUCUCUCUGCCUCCCUUCUAUUUAUGAUGCAUGCGAUGUCCGUUAUCUUGAAUUGCACCUGUGGGGACAAGGGCAUAGGCGGUAAAGGUACUGUCCCCUCCCUCCACGCACACACUCCCUGGCUGUGGAUUCUGUGAGAUUCUACAGCUUUCCUCGGUGGCGGCUGUAGCUGGGAGUUGGAGCCGCUGUUAUGUUGACACUCUUGUCUCACAGCUGUUGGGUAGUGUUUGUUUGCCGUGAAGGGGCAGCGCCUGUCAAAAGCGAGGAGAAGGAGGAGGUGGGGAGACUUCCUGCAUAAUCCGCGCAGCGUCCUUUCUCCAUUAUUCACACAGGCACCAGGCACGCCCGUACAGCUCAGCUGAAGUGGAGGGAGCCCUGUUUAGGUGAACCGAGGGAAGUGCUGCUUUAACCCCCGCCCCAAGCUUACCAGACAGCUUUGGCUAUGAAAAUCUAAAAUGGAUCCUGAAGAGCAGGAGCUGCUUGGUGAUUAUAGGUACCGAAAUUAUUCCUCAGCAGUUGACAAAGCUUUGAGGAACUUUGAAUCUUCAAGUGAAUGGGCAGAUCUUAUAUCGUCUCUUGGAAAACUCAACAAGGCUCUUCAAAGUAAUUUGAAAUACUCUCUUUUACCAAGACGCUUGAUUAUCAGCAAGAGGCUAUCUCAGUGUUUGCAUCCAGCUUUACCUAGUGGAGUGCAUUUAAAGGCACUAGAGACAUAUGAGAUCAUAUUUAAAAUUAUUGGGACCAAAUGGCUUGCAAAGGACUUAUUCCUAUACAGCUCUGGCUUGUUUCCUCUGCUGGCAAAUGCAGCAAUGUCAGUGAGGCCUGUUCUUCUUGGUCUGUAUGAGAAAUAUUUUCUUCCCUUGCAGAAGUCUCUCCUGCCAAGUCUUCAGGCCUUCAUAAUUGGCCUUCUGCCUGGACUGGAAGAAGGAUCAGAAAUCUAUGAUAGAACAGAUGCUUUACUUCUGAAGUUGUCUCUCCUAAUUGGUAAAGAGGUGUUCUAUUCAGCACUGUGGGGAAGUGUCCUGGUCAGCCCUUCUAUAAGGUUGCCUGCAUCCCUCUUUGUUGUUAAUCAUAUCAACCGAGAAUUGUCUGGAAAGUGUCAGAAUUAUAUGCUGGGGACAGAUGUUAAACUAAUGGUCAAAGCCAUUUGUGUAUCCAUGCUGGAUUCAAAUGUUCUUGUACAAAGAAAUACUUUGGAGGUGGUUCUUUUCUUCUUCCCUCUUUACACAUCUUUGGAUCCCAGUGAAAGUGCUGUACCUCUGUCUAGGUCUGAUGUAGUCCAUCUUCUCUCAGCAGCUGCCCAGACCCUCUUAAGAAGAGACAUGUCCUUAAACAGAAGGUUAUAUGCAUGGUUGCUAGGCUCUGAUAUCAAAGGAGGUCCUUUUGUUCUGGAUUCAUCUGUUUCAAUGUCCUUAGAAGACCAUGCCUUAUUUUUUUUUGAAAAAUAUUCCAAAGACCUUCUAGUUGACGGAUUGAUUGAAAUAUUACAUCAGGAAUUUACAGGCUGUGACUUGGAGGAACAGCACCAUGCAUAUUUGAAACCUUUUCGCAUUCUCGUAAGCCUACUUGACAAACCUGAAAUAGGACCACCAGUUGUUGGUGAUGUGUUUCUUGAAGUUAUCAGAGCAUUUUAUUCCUAUUGCAAAGAUACACUGGGUUCUGAUCUUAAGCUUAGCUACAGUCAGAAUGGCAAUGUUCUUUCAAGUGCAAUCAAAGAAAACAAGCAUGCAUCUGAGAUUGUUAAAACAGUCAAUCUGUUGAUCACAUCCUUAAGCACUGAUUUUCUCUGGGAUUAUAUGACCAGAUGUUUUGAAGACUGCUUCAGAAAUAAAUCUGUACCAACACACAUUCUGGCCAAGAACAGAAGUACUUCUGCAACAGUUUCAGAGCUCUGCAAACUUCUAGUGUUUCUCCUAGAUGUAAUACCAUUGGAACUUUAUUCAGAAGUGCAAACUAUGUAUCUGCCACAGAUGCUCAGCUACACGGUGCAGUCUCUCCUUGAAAACAUGGACAGUCUAAGUUUGCCAGAGCUCUCUCAUGCCUUAAGAACGUGCUUCAAGGUGCUUAGCAAAGUGCAGAUGCCUCCUGCAUACCUAAGUACUGGGACAGGAAGUUCAGACACAAGCCCUGUAAAGGAGGAGACUUCAGAAGCCCAAGUCCUCCAAAAUGAAGAGGAUGCUCCUUUUCCUCCACUCAAGUCUGAAGACAGUGGCAUCGGUCUUAGCGCUUCUUCUCCAGAGCUUUCACAGCAUUUGAGUAUGCCUAGGGUAACUCCUGAGAGAGAUGAUGUCUGGAAAAAGGGUGGAAGCAUGCAGAAGACCUUGUACUGUAUCCAGGAAUUAGUUGCAAAGUUUGCAAGUAAAUACAUAUUUGGGGUUAAUUUGCAGGAUUCUAGUAAUGGCAGUGUUUCAACAGAGCACACAAAUGGACAGGAGAAAAAAGAAAACCAUUAUCAAAUAACUAAAAAUGCCAGCAAGAAAAGGAGCUCAUGGGACUCAAAGCAAAUCACUGUGCCUCAGUUUAAGCAGAUGUUAUCAGACUUAUUCACAGUUCGAGGAUCACCUUUUAAACAGAAAGCAUCUCAGUCUCAUUUAGAUGACCAUGAUAGUCAAAGGAGAAAAGAAGAAGAAGAGUGGGACAUUGAUAAAGUCAUGGUUGACUUGGGAGAUACAAGAGAGGACUGCAGAGAGGCCUUUGCUGCUGCAUGCUACCUUUUACUGGAUUGUACUACAUUUCCUGUUUAUCUUUCUGAGGAAGAAACUGAACAGCUCUAUUUCUCUCUUUUUCAAGUGCCUGGAGGCUGUGAAUCCAGUUUCCCCCUGUGGCUCAAAUCCCUAAUGACAAUAUGCUGCUGUGUAAAUGACUGCUGUAUUCAAAAUGUGUCCAUCUCUGUGCUAUUAGAUAUAAUCAACCAUUCUCAGUCACUAGCACUGGUGGUUGAAGACAGAAUAAAGCGUUAUAAAAUUCCCGGGAACAACCCUUUCUUUGGAAGGCUGCAGAUGGUCACAGUUCCUCCUGUUGCUCCUGGAGUUCUGAAGCUGAUAUCAGAAAAAACUGACUUCUAUCAGAGAGUUGCCCAAGUGCUUUGGAAUCAACUAAACAAAGAGACAAGAGAACAUCACAAUACUUGCGUAGAACUUUUCUUCUGCCUGCAUUGUCUCGCACCAUCUGCUAAUAUUUGUGAAGACAUUAUCUGCCAUGCAUUACUGGAUCAUGAUAAAGGAACAAGGCUGGAGGCACUAUUUCGAUUUUCUAUCAUGUGGCAUUUGACUAGAGAGAUCCAGAGCAGCAGAGUCACUUCCCACAAUCGAUCAUUUGAUAGGUCCCUGUUUGUUGUAUUAGACAGUCUUAAUUGUUCAGAUGGGGCAAUUGGUGCUGCAGCGCAGGGUUGGUUGGUACGAGCGCUCUCGCUUAAUGAUGUUGCGCGCAUUCUUGAACCAGUUUUACUGCUGCUGCUUCAUCCCAAGACACAGCGCACCUCCAUUCACUGUAUCAAACAGAAACGUUCUGCAGAAGACAUGCAUCGCUGGUUUAGUAAGAAAAAGCCCUAUUUCUAUGAGUCAGUGGGAGCAUCUGAUCUUCAUGAAAGUGGUUCUGAAGAAAAUUUACUGAUGAGACAGUUUACAGCUGUUGACAGGGAAGCUAUUUGGGCUGAAGUUGAAAAAGACCCAGACAAAUGUCCACACAAAUAUGAAAUGUCUGUAAAUGAUCUUUCUCAGCAUGCAGAUUCGCCACAGGAGAUGGCUGAAGAGGAGAAUAGUGAACAUACAGAGUCUGCUGAUACCAGCACAGGUCCUAUUGACAGUGAUAAUACAUCAUCCUUUUCUCCCUCCCUGGAUCAGCAAGAUAUAAGCAAUGAGGAGAAUUGUAGUGCUUCAACUGAGGGCAAAGAAGGCAUGAAAAACUUUGGUCCUUUUACCGUUUACCCUCCUGAUGGUUCCAAAUCCAGUACUGUGCUAAAUCUUGUACGAGCAGAUUCUGAGAGAACUCAAGCAUCAGAGUCUCUCUCAAGCGAUGAUGAGGUAGAUUUGGAACUUCAAGCAUUUACCACAUCUAGGCUGUUAAAACAGCAGAAGGAAAAAAGGGAGACAAUUGCAGCUCUGUUCAAGCAUAUUCUCUUGUACUUGCAGCCGUAUGAUUCCAAGAGGGUAUUAUAUGCUUUUUCUGUACUUGAAGCAGUGCUAAAAACAAACCCUAGAGAAUUUAUUGAGGCUGUAGCCACCACUAGCAUGGAUACUAGCUCCACAGCUCAUUUGAAUCUCAUCUACAAUCUUCUAGCCCGUCACCAGGAAUCUCUUGUGGGACAGAGUUUCUAUGGGAAGCUUCAAACUCAAUCUCCAACUAUGUGUCCCCAUUCAUUAUUAAUAGAACUGCUGACUUAUCUCUGUCUGAGUUUUCUGCGCUCUUAUUAUCCUUGUUACUUGAAGGUGACACACAAAGAUGUGCUUGGCAAUAGGGAUGUCCAAGUCAAAAGCGUUGAAGUCUUGAUCAGGAUGAUGACACAACUGGUUGCAAUGGCCAGAUCAGCAGAGGGCAAGAACAUGGAAUUUAUACGCAUCCUAUUGGGGAGAUGCAAAAUUCAAGAGUUUGUCCUCCUUUCCCUGUCAGCUUCCAUGUAUGUAAGUCAGAAGCGGUAUGAAUGCAUGAUGGCUGAUGAAAUGAAUGCCUUAAAUGAAGACUUCCUUCUUGAGGAGAGUCUCAUCAGUUUUGGACAUGAUCAGAUCUGGAGUGAGCAUCCUUUGCAGAUUGAGCUCCUGAAACUUCUCCAAGUAUUAAUAGUCCUGGAGCAUCAUCUUGGACAGACUCAGGAGGAAGUAGAGAACCAGCCUGCCUUAUCUAAAGAAUGGCAGAGGGCCCUUAACUUUCAGGAAGCAAUUAGUGCUAUGCAGUAUAUGCACCCACACCCCAUAACAUCUCAAGGAUUGUUUGUGUCUGCCGUAGUUCGAGGUUUGCAACCAGAUUAUGGGUAUGGGAUGCAUCCUGCUUGGGUUAGCUUAGUUGCGCAUUCCUUGCCAUACUUUGGGAAAUCUUUAGGGUGGACAGUGGCACCAUUUAUUGUACAGAUAUGCAAGAACCUGGAUGAACUUGUCAAACAGUAUGAACAUGAAACCCUGAAGUUGUCAGCAAAGGUAUCUGCAAGCAUAAGUUGUAGAAGAGAGAACAUUUCACCAGAUUAUCCUCUAACUCUUUUGGAAGGUCUAACUACUAUUGGCCACUUUUGUCUAUUGGAUCAUCCAAACCAAACCAAAAAGUCACCACUGAAUGCUGACCCUACAAACCUAAGGAAUGCCAAGAAUGCCAUUCUAGAAGAGCUUCCUUGUAUUAUCAACACUAUGUCCCUACUUUGGGGAGUCAUAAAAAAGGAAGAGACUCAGAAAAGACCAUCUGACUUUCUUGGAAUAAAAGGCUCUUCUUCAGUGUACUUUAAGUCAACAAAAACUUUAAAAAGUAAAAUCCUGGAGUUUUUAAAUCCCCUGACUGGACAGCUGGGUGUGCAACUGAUUGCUGCUGUAGCAGCUGUGUGGAGCAGCAAAAAGUCUCAUAAGCAUCAGAGCAAAACAAAGAUCCUUUCUGUAGCCAGAUCACCUCAGCUAAUACUAGUUGAUCUAGUUUGUGCACUCAGUACUCUGAAGACUGACACUAUAUUGCAGCUUGUGAAAGAAGUUGUCAAGAAGCCAUCCCAGAUUAAAGGUGAAGAGAAGUCUUCUCUAGUAGAUAUCCCUGUGCUCCAAUUCUGCUAUGCUUUCAUACAAAGACUUCCAGCUUCAUCUUUGCAGGAGAACUUCCAGUCAUUAUUAGGAGUGCUGAAAGAAUCAGUACAGUUAAAUCUGGCUCCACCUGGAUACUUCUUGCUUCUCAGCACCCUGAAUGAUUUUGUAACUAGAACUCCAACCCAGGAAAAUAAGAAGGAUCAGAAAGAUUUGCAGGAGGUGACCCAUAAAAUCUUGGAAGCUGUGGGGAACAUUGCUGGUUCAUCCUUGGAGCAAACUAGCUGGCUGAGCAGGAACCUUGAAGUGAAAGCUCAGCCCCAGAUCUCUUUAGAUGAAUCUAAUGUUGAAGAUGAAUUGUGUGACGCUUCAGCAGUCCCUUCCUCAAUGGUUUCUGCUUCUGCUCCAUCCAUGUACAGUGUUCAAGCUCUCUCUCUCCUUGCAGAGGUUCUUGCUUCUCUCCUGGAUAUGGUUUAUCGUAGUGAUGAGAAAGAGAAGGCAGUGCCGUUAAUUUCACGAUUGCUUUAUUAUGUUUUUCCUUACUUACGCAAUCACAGUGCCUACAAUCUUCCUAGCUUCCGUGCUGGUACGCAGUUGCUUAGUUCUCUAAGUGGCUAUGCCUAUACCAAGCGAGCAUGGAAGAAAGAUGUUCUAGAACUAUAUAUGGAUCCAGCUUUUUUCCAGAUGGACACUUCCUGCAUUCAUUGGCGAUCCAUUAUUGAUCACUUUCUUACACAUGAAAAAACUAUGUUUAAAGACUUGAUGAAUAUGCAGAGCAGUUCUUUGAAACUUUUCCCAAGUUUUGAGCAAAAGGCAAUGUUGUUGAAACGUCAAGCAUUUGCUGUUUUCAGUGGAGAAAUUGAUCAAUAUCACCUUUACCUGCCUUUGAUACAAGAGCGACUGACUGACAACUUGCGUGUUGGACAGACUUCCAUAGUAGCUGCCCAGAUGUUCCUGUUUUUCAGAGUCUUGUUGUUGAGAAUUUCACCUCAGCAUCUAACCUCAUUAUGGCCAAUUAUGGUGACAGAACUGAUUCAAACAUUUAUACAGCUGGAGGAGGAUUUAACAGAAGAGGAAGAACCUGCAAAGAGCAAUAGCAGACUAAGUAAACAGAAAGCGUCAUCAGAUGGCAAUGGUCCCCUACUGAGUGACAUACAGCAGAAUGAAUUGACCUUGUAUUUAUCAGCAUGUAAAUUCCUGGACACAGCACUUUCUUUUCCACCUGACAAGAUGCAGUUAUUUCAAAUGUACAGGUGGGCGUUUGUUCCAGAGGUGGACACACAGACUUACAACACGACUUCAGAUCUGAUGGAAAAUCAUCAGGAAUGCAAACCGCAUAUUGUUAGAAUCAUGGAUUUGCUCAAGCUGAAGUAUGGGGAACUAAAUACCAAUGAGAUAGCAACAGAAUACGAAUUUCCACUUCUGGAUCUUCAUUCUAUAUCCAGCAUCACACAGUUAAUGCCGUUCUUCAGGAUACUGAGUUGUGCUUUUAAAACCGAAAGCAAAAAGUCCCUUGAUACACACAGCUCAGUAUCUGUCAAAACAGACUGUUCCAUUGGCAGUAGCACAAGAACCUUGAAGUUUCUAGAAGACUGUGUUGAAUGUGAUUUUAUAGAAAAUAUGGAAACUCAAUCUACUUAAGAAAGAUCGGAUGAUUAUUGAAGAGACUAGCUAUAACCCAGGUUCAGCUUUAUUAAAAAGACAUAUACUGGAAUGAAGCAAUUUCAGGUUUACAGAUUUCAUUUCAGGUUUUCUUUUUCAUACUGAUGUGGAUCACAUCUCUCUUGUUUUUGAUGAACAAUGACAUUCUGCCCUCAGGUUUUAUAAAAUGCAAAUUAGCAUCACAAUUUGCACAUUUCUAAGAUGAAGUUUUUUAAAGUGAAGUAUGUGUGAUUUGCUCCUAUUAAAGGUAAUAUUUAUCUGCUCAGGGCUGUUUUAAGGGGCCUGCAGAUUUAUAGAUGCCUUUUCAGGCAAAAAAGAAAAGAAACAUUAUGUUAUAUGUAGGGUGGAGGGACUCUUCUAAAUGUGCAUUAACCAAGUCUGUAAAAAUGGCUAGGAUGUAAUUUUUCUGAUAUAAAAUGUUAAAAACAAAAUAGCAUGUUGCUGUUUAUAUAUAUACCAGUCUCAUUCAUUCAUUCAUAUAUAUUCAUAUAUAUAUAUAUAUAUAUAUAUAUAUACACACACACACACACUUCUAGUAUCUGUAACCCUUCCAACAUAACUUCAUCAGUUUAAGAUUGCAAGCUUAAGCAUAAUUACCAAAAAGUGAACCUCACUAACUCAUAAUGGGAUUUGAUUUUGAUUAAAACUUUUUAAGUAUUGGGCUGUAAACUUGUAUACAUAGGAUCUACAGAAGGACUGGGUUUCUAAAACUAGGGACAAAAAGCUUUUGCUUGUAGUAUUAGACUAGUUUGAAAGUCAUUCUGCUUUUUACAACUACUGAAAGAAAGUACUUCAUCAUGGUGGGUCUAUAAGAAUGUUAGGAGAGAGAGUGUGCAUAAAGACUAUAAGGGUCUUGAAGUGUGCAUAUAUAAAGUAAUAUGAUGCAUUAGAAAUACUUAAUUUUCUAAGCAAAUGGCUCAAAGCAGCAUUGUAAAUUGCCUGUGUAGAUACACUUCUGUGUAGACCUUUUUCUACUGUAACUUAAUUUGAGGGAGAGGCUCUGGCUUCUGGUCUCAUACUAAUGACUUUGCUCCAGUACAGUUAAUAUUUUAACUAUUAAAGGACAUGUGGUUUUUUGGUUAGAUGAAUCAUGUCAAUAUCUACAAAUAAAAAGAAACUGAUCACAAUUAAGAAAUCUAUGUAUUGAAACUGGGAAACAAUAUUCGUCUGUUCUCUGUGUUCUAUGUUUUCUGUUUUUGUAACUAACUAACUGUGAAGAAUACUGUAUCUUGAGCAUGUCAUUUUGUUUUCAGCAACAACUUCUUGUCAUACAUAAAUCUAGCACUUUUAUUUUGGGCUUUAGCCAAAAUUAAACACUUUUGUGUCCCAUUGAUUUCAUCAGGAGAAUUAAGCAUGUACCUCAAUUUUUCAAUUCAAAUUAAUGGGACUUCAGAUGCUUAACUUUGACUGGAUUGUGUUCUCUUUUGUAUACAAACUUGUAUUUAAAUAUUUAAGUACCACAAAUACUUGAUAAAAGGUAGAUUUGGGGCAAGAGAGAUUUCAAGAUUUAAUAUAGUAGAUUACUGUGUUGUAUGUGCCUACCUAGAAAUUACCAAUGCAAUUUUCAUAUUCAUUUUGAUACUAGAUAAAGCACAUGCUUUACUGUGAUUUAAACCCUAAAAUUAAUUUACUUAAGAAUGUUAUAAACUGAAGUAAUUAAGCUACUAUAUUGGGUAGAUUGUUCUAUAAAUGAGAAAUUCAGUUCUGAAUGUAAACUAUUUCAUUAAUUAGUUUAAUCACAGGUGCAAAAAAGUAGAAUCCAUUUCAAAGCAUGUAUUCAUACUGUUGCUUUAUACUGAAUAUUACGUAGCUUGUUGUAGUUUAAAAGUAACCAAAUGUUGCUGACACUCAGGGAAAUGGAAUAGUUUUUAUUUGCAAUUCUAGUCUUGUGGCAGAGUUCUCUGUGAAUCUCCUUUCUCUCUCAACAUAGCUGAAAUGGAGCUACUACUGCCCAGAUAUUUCACCUUAGAACACCCUCUCCAGAAUCCUCAGUGUUCAUGUUAAAUGCCUUGCAGUGUAGUCCUGAGUUGCAACCUUCUAAGACCAUUGACUUCACUGGAUUUGAAAGGAUAUAACUCUUCUUAGGAUUGCACUGUAUUCAAGAUUAUAUGGGGCACUAGGCUGGCUUCUCCUUUUCUCUCUCAAUUUCCUUUAGUCUUGAUCUUUCCUAACGCCCUCCUGAGUACCACAGACUACUCUAAAAACCAGUUAACCAUUUAACACUUAAUUUUAUUCCAAAUAAUAUCUUUACCCAGAAAUAAUGUUGCCUAAUGUUUGCAGAAGGCCAUUCUAAAUUAUAUACUACAGAUUCAUAUAUAAUAACAUUCUGCCUUUUCUCAUAUUAUGCCUUUUUUCAUAGACAGGAACCCAAAAGCCGCCUUGGGGUGAUACAGAAAACAAGUUGCCUGUGACGGACUCAGCUUCAAAUGCUGAGGGCAGUAAAGAGAGGAGGAUGAUUGACAGGUUCCCUCCCCACCUUUGUGGCUAGCCUGAAAUGGCAGUUGGUGAUUGUAUGUUGAGGAGUUGACAGUUCGAGUAAACUGAUGAGUGAAGGGAGUUGGAGUCUGGCUUCUGACCAGAGAGGGUCUGCCGGAGAGUCAUCUGUGUGAGAAAGGAAGGAGAAGGUGUACCCUUUAAGGAAAAAUCCUUACGUUCAUGACGCACUUGUAGUCCUUGGACUAAAGGGGGAAAGACAACACUAACUUCUGUGUAGACACAAGAGAUCUGGGAAUUAUAGUGGGCCAAGGAAGUGGGUAGAAAAGAGUCUCCCUUUUGGCCACAGGAACAGGGUUAUAGCUGGGGCAUAACUAUAACGCUUGCCCAAUAUCUUAAAAGGGUUUGACCCAGUGGAGUACCCUAAAGUCUGCAGAAGAGGGGAAGGUGUGUGUGUGUGAGAGAGAGAGAGAGAGAGAGAGAGAGAAUAGGAGCACCUAACUUGAAGGAGUGCCAACCUCAAAAAGAGCUUUGGUAACAACUUUUAGGUCUGAUAACACCAACAUCUCUCAUACAAGCCAGCAACUUAAGAACCAUACCAAGUGUUUUGUGCCUUACAGCACCAGUGAAGUGUUCUGUUCAAAACCCUCUAAAUUAUUUCAGUUUUAAACACCUGCCUCCAUGCCUUCUUA